AUGAUACCUCAGUUCGAGCUUCGAGCUGCAACAUCUUCAGAUCUUUCUUCCAUAGCGACAGUAUGGACAGCGGCAUUCUUUGACGAUGAGAUCAUUGGCGAGAUCAUGCAUCCGCACCGCAAAGACUAUCCCGAUCACGUAUAUUGGUUCCUGCUGCGCGGUAUUCGAGAACGAUAUUGGGACUGGCGGCAUCAAUUCCUCGUCGUGACAGACGAUGAAAAGGUUGUCGGAGCCGCGGAUUGGAGGAGACUCGGGAAAGGUGGUGAGGCCAAGGAGCUGGGGAAAGCAGAUCCACGUAAUCUCAUCGCGCCAUUCUUGAAGACAUACCAUUUCACAUCUCUAGCACUGUUUCCCAAUCGAGCCGCCGAUCCUACGCGCACCUCGUUCCUCGACACUGCCGUCGCAAACUCGGAGAAGUAUUGGACUGGGCGUCGCGCUGAAUGCUGGGAUUUGCAUGUCUGUGGUGUACAUCCAGACUAUCAAGGUAGAGGUGUUGGAAAGCUGCUGGCACAAUGGGGUGUUCUAGAAGCACAGAAAGAAGGCGAAGAUGUUGUGGCUAGUGUGCUGUGCGGGGAGAAGAAUAGAGGCUUCUACAAAAAGGCUGGGAUGUGUGUGCAGGUCAACGAAACGAAAGGUAAAGGAGGAGGAAUUGCCUUGUUCACCCGAUAG